CGCGAUUCGUGUGAGCACUUCAAUUUCCGAAUAUUGUUGUCGCGCUCGAAUUUGUUUACGGUUUUUUUUUUCGGUGGUUUAUGUCGAAAAUUCGCGGUUCGUUUUUGUCAUUUUCGCUUGAGUCCGACCUUCCAUAACCAAUGAAUCAUUCUAGUGAUAGAAUGUGUGAUUUUUACUAGUUUACGUUCUGUAAAUAUAGUGGUGUAGUGGAUAUUAUUGUGAAAAAGAUACUUGUAAAAGUUUACAUAUUUAAAAUGACUCAUAAGGGUAAUUUCUUGUGAAGUGUAAACAUAGGACCUAAUUGUAAAAAAGACUUUUCGGAAUUACCUGGACUUGAAACUGGAGUACUUAUGAUAGGUAUUCUUGAAUCAGGAAUUUUCAAGCUGCAAUUAGUCUGGUUAAUCGACAUUUCACGCAAAACCGUUGUAUCAUUGGCUUUAAGAUAAUUCGGUUUCUUCCUUACGGAUUUCUUUUCUGGUAAGACACUGUUUGAUAUUUUUAAGGAACACAGUGGCGCCCCUUCAUGUAUAUAUCGAGUAACGUGGUGACUCCGAGUAGCACCAUUACUUCCCCGUGGACGCCCGUAGCAGGCCCGCCGACCGACUCGAACGGCGGGCCUGAUUCAAAAAACCUCGAUGUUGGGGAUCUUAGUGACGAUGAAAAGGACAUGGCAGCGGCGGACGCGGAGGGCGUCUGGAGUCCGGAUAUCGAGCAGAGUUUUCAGGAGGCCCUUGCCAUUUACCCACCGUGUGGACGACGGAAAAUUAUCUUGUCCGAUGAAGGAAAGAUGUAUGGUCGAAACGAACUCAUAGCCAGAUACAUUAAACUGAGGACGGGUAAAACGCGGACGAGAAAACAAGUCAGCUCACACAUCCAGGUAUUGGCGAGGCGGAAGCUGCGGGAAAUCCAGGCUAAACUCAAAGUUGACUACGUGGUGAAGGAGAAGACUUUGCAAACGAUGUCAAACAUGUCGAGUGCACAAAUAGUCUCUGCCGCUGCAACAUACAGCAAGACGGCGGCUGGGCUCCCAUUGGGUCUUAAUCAUCCCAUGUCGUUUACCGGAGGUGCGCAAUUCUGGCAGCCCGGGCUACAACCUGGUACAUCGCAAGACGUUAAACCAUUUGCCCAAGCGGCGUAUCCAGGAAAACCGGCUACCGCAGUGUCAGCAGGCGACGUGGGGGCGCUGCAGGCAGCACCACCACCAGUCUGGGAGGGUAGAGCCAUCGCCACACAUAAACUUAGGCUUGUAGAGUUUACCGCUUUUAUGGAGUCUCAGAAUAGAGAAGAAGCGUACCCCAAACACCUGUUCGUCCAUAUAGGAGGGCCGGCGCUUUCCUAUACAGAUCCCUUACUAGAAGCGGUAGACGUGCGACAAAUCUAUGAUAAAUUCCCCGAGAAAAAGGGCGGUCUGAAAGAGCUCUACGACAAAGGGCCCCAAAACGCCUUCUUCUUAGUGAAAUUCUGGGCCGAUUUAAACUCGAGUGUACAAGACGAGUCGGGGGCAUUCUACGGCGUUACCAGCUCGUACGAAAGUAACGAAAACAUGACCAUAACGUGCUCGACGAAAGUUUGCUCGUUCGGUAAACAGGUGGUGGAGAAAGUGGAGACGGAGUACGCGCGGUACGAGAACGGCCGAUUUGUUUAUAGGAUACACAGGAGUCCGAUGUGCGAGUACAUGAUAAACUUCAUACAUAAGCUGAAGCACUUACCUGAGAAGUACAUGAUGAAUAGCGUCUUGGAGAACUUUACCAUUCUUCAGGUCGUAAGCAACCGAGAUACUCAAGAGACCCUCCUAUGUACGGCGUACGUGUUCGAAGUAGCGACCGGUGAGCAUGGCGCACAACACCACAUCUACCGAUUGGUGAAAGAUUAGCCCGUGCGCAGGAGGAUCAUUUUCGUAUCCUUUCACUUCAGUGCCUACACACUUACAAUACUAGUAUUAAUUGGUUAUUUGUAACGAUAGCUAAGGAAACUUUUGAGAUUUUGCAUUUUGAUCUGAUCGCUUUAGGAUGACUAAAGGACACGAUCACGAUAACGAUUAUCGUAAAAAAGUAUUGUCACAUUUACUGUAAAUAGUAAGAUUUUAUUUAGUAUGUGCAUCCCUUUAGUCCUAAAGCGAUAAAUUUACGUGCAUCCUUUGAAAUUAAAAUUAAUUUUAGUUUAUUGGCCAUUUGAUUGAACGUAUAGUGGUGUAACUAUAUAGCUGUUAAAUCGAAAACCCCUUGCAAGUACGUAAUAUUUAAGUUUAAAACUAAUUUUUACAAACGAUACUUGAAAGGGGCUUUCCUUAUUCUUGGAUUUUCUUUUAUGUUAUGGUUUAAAACUCUUUUUGUUUUGCUUCAGCUCUGGCAAAUUUACUUUGUCAAGUUCUCUAUUUUAAGUGCAGAUUUAUCAAAGAAACUGCCGUUUCUUUUCUUAGUUUUUGAACAGCAAUUCGUAUUAAGAUGCAAUAGCUAACGUAUAGUACUAGUUAUUAUGGUUCUACUUUUUGUUUAAUAUAACUAUUUAUUUUGUUUUUUACAAAAAAUUAUUUCUACAAAUUCCGCGAGAUAUUUUUUAUUUAUUAAUUAACAAAUUACUUCGAUUACUUAGUAUAAAUGAUAGGCAAAGAAUUUAUCUAGGUUAAAAACAAUAUAGGUUAUAAGAGUUUGCUAUUUGUGAUGAUAAUUUUUAACAUUUUAUAUUAUAUAAAUUAUAAUGAUAGAAUAUAACGAGAUGGAAAAUUUAAAUUUAUUUAAAAUAUGCAGUAUUUGUCCAGUCUGAUCGUUUCAUAAGGUAAGGGUUGCUUUAACUACUUAGUGAUUACCGAUAGUUUUUUGAGCAGACGUUAUAUUUUUGUCCAAUAUUUGUUACUCUAAAAAUACAACGAUGUCGGUAAAAUAUAAAAUUGGCCUUGUAUUUUACCAAUAAAGGCCUGUAAAAUGAACCAGAUGAACAACAUUUUGUCGACGUUGCGUUCUCCAUUAGGUCUUCCUCAGGAGUCUUAAAAAUAUUAUAUAUUUAACAUUCAUUCAAAUAUUGACUAAAAUUAAAACCAGAAUUUUAGAAUUGUAACACCAAAAAAUAAUUUGAUAAGACCAAAUAAUUUUCAUAUAUGUAUGCAAUAAAUAAGAUUUUUAAUACCUGUUUGGCUAAUGUGUUGCAGUCUAUUUAUUUCUUUUUUAAAUUAAUUUCUAUUAUAUAAUAAUUUUGAGUUAAAUAUAUAAUAAUUAAAAGUCCUUGAGGACUUUUUGGUCUUGAGAGGAUGAUCUCAUAAAUUCUAUUACGUUUUAUUUUUGGCCUAAAUCGAACAAUCAUGAAAAAUUGACUUAUUUUAAAUAUUUAAAAAAAAUAAAAAAUCACCAAUUAAUUUCCUAAAAUAAUUACAUCUGCUAAUGUUUAUAUUUGUCAAAGAACGAUAGCAAUUAACCCUUUAUUGACUGAAUUUUUAAAAUAUUUAAAAAAGCGCCUUAAGGUAAUAAAUUUGACAUGAAUUUUAUUAUACAAUCAUAAUUCUAGUUAUAACAUACAUUAAUUAUUUUAAAUAAUCUUGACAGGAAAUGAAAAAUCACAUGGAUACCACUUGUCAAUAGGCUCUUUUGAUUGAUUUUUGAGACAUGUAUGUAAUAGGACGUGAGAUAUAUCUGGUAAGAAUGUAUAAUUUAUCUUAUACAUUCUCUUAUUCUUUGCAACGCAUACAAAUUUAUUUGAGAAACUAAAUACAUCAUCAAAUCAAUGGAUAAAAUCUAAAGAACUAUAACCCAUGGGGUUUCUGCGUUUCUUUAAUAUUAGUUAGACAAUUUUCAGUAGAAUUACUCCGUAUCAACUUUUUUAAUAGUUCAUAAAAUAUUGUUUAAACCUUAGUUUCUAAUUUCACUUGGGUCAUCAUUUUUAUUUUCCUGUAUAUCAUCUAUGGUCGAUUCAAUAUUACUUAUGCGAUAAUGCAUCACGCAUUAAAUUUAGCAAAUUUAAUAAUGUCUCUUUCUUAUCUAAACAAAAUUUCAUGAUCGUAUGGUCUGGUUUCAUAUAUACAAAGCCUUAUACUGUAAAACAAGUAAAAAUCCUGAUUUUGUAUUAUAAUUAUCAUAGUUUCAUCUAAAACUAGUACUUACCAGCCAUUUUGCAAAAUAAAAACGAUAAACAAUUUAGUCAAUUUAGGGUUAAAGUUAAAUUAUUAAACAAUUUUUAAAAUUUAUACUCAUUAAAAAAUUUGAAAAAAGUCAUAAAACACCAGUUUCUUGGAUUAAUUUUCAGUGCAAGUGUAACAGUUUUUGCAAGUCGGUAAACACAGGAUUUAUUAAAGUACUCUUAGUGCAAUCUAAAAGUUACAAAGUAUAGGAUGUUUAAAAUAACAAAUUCAGUUCAAAUACCCGGAAAUUUGUAUUAAAAGAUUUAAUUGUUAACCCGCCUUAUUUUGGACAACCUAUACUACAAAAACUGCUUUUUAAAUUACAGGUGGCAAUGUAUUGAUCUCUUAGGUUGAAAAUUAAUACGAAAAUUGAUAGGAUUUUCGUUAACCUUAAGUGUUUUUUUUUGGUAGCUUUUUUUAGUUUAUUUAUCGGUUAGAGUUAAUGUUAGAGCAAUUUUUUGUAUCGGUAAUUAUGUAAAUUUCUUUUAGGGCAUAGCGUGUAUUUUCUUCUAGAACUUUUGAAUCCAUUGGGAAUGUAUUCGAAGUGAAACAUGUACUUUUGACAAUAAUCACUUAAAAAUUAAUACGUUCCUAUUGGAAUCAAUGUUUAAUUAUUUUUGUCACUUUUAAGAUAUUUCUUAUGUGAUUUUAUACUAUAGAAUGACCAUCAAAAUUACAUAAAUAAGACUCUAUAAACAAUAAGUAAAUCUAAAAAAAAAUCUAUUUUAGUGACUCAAAAUUAUCAACUGUAAAUUGACAUAUUGUGUACAUAAUAUUAUAUUUCUAUCAAAUCAGAGUACUACUUAAUUUUUAGUUAAAAAUUUAUAUCUUUGAGGUAUAGAAUACGG